GAUACUUGGUGGAGUCCGUGAAUGUGACACACAGUUAAUCUUUGUCGACUGUACGGAGGAUAAGAAGAGCUGGAAGAAAAUGAGCACUCAGGGUCAAGAAGAGAAAAGAUACGACCCCCAAGACACGACUCUGAAGUUUGUCAACAGGCCGGAUGAUCUGGAUCCACUGCCCCCAGAGGAGGGAGACCUGUGCCUCAGAGCUGAGAUGUCCUGCGGUCAUGCUGUCACCCCAGAGUCUCUCACUGGGUGGUGUCGCAGCCUGCUGGAUCAGGGCCAAUACAAAUUUAAGUGCCCUGCUCUAAAGAACGGCACCCUGCAGAAGUGCGGUGCAGUGUGGCCUUAUCCAGAGGUGCGCAGGCUGGCGGUGCUGACACAUGAGGAGAUGCAGCACUUUGAAGAGACCAUCGCCCGUUUGGCUGCCACAGAAUACUGUGAAGUCAAAACAUGCCCCGGGUGUAAAACCUAUGUGGAGAGGAUGGAUCUCUCCAACCUGUGCGUCCAGUGCACAAUCUGCGCCGCAGACAAGAAGAAGACCUACCAGUUCUGCUGGCAGUGUCUGAAGGAGUGGAAAGGUCCAGCUCCACGCUCUGACCGCUGCAACAACGACGGCUGCAUCAACCUCGACCUCGAGCUUCUCAAGAACUGCAAGACCACCGCCCUCCCUCAGGUGCAGGGAGUGGACGCAUGUCCCUCCAUCCGGGCCUGUCCAACCUGUGGUCAGAAGGUGGAGCACGACAGGACAGGCUGUAAGAACGUCAUCUGUCAACGCUGUCAGGUUGAGUUCUGCUUUGUGUGUCUGAAGCUCACUCCUGAGUGCCUGAAGACGAGCUCUUACUUCAUCCCCUGUAGCGCCGGUGUGGCCCCCAGACAAACCUCCAUACCUGUGUGGCACAGAAACUAAAAUGAUACUCAUGACGUAGCUUCCAGCCUUCUUCUGUCACAUGAUACUUUUCCUGUUCGAUUUAUUUGUAAGAUUCCUCCUGUCAAAAGUGUUGCUUAAUAGACCCAUUGUUCAUUGUGAGCUUUAAAAUAUCUGCUGUUAUUUCUGGUAACGUUGUAUAACGCACUGUUAUUGCUUCAUUACAGUUAUUCUCAGCAAUAUAAUUAUAUCUUUAGUAAUAAAGUUUGCUUUUACGUGAAUGCA